AUGGAUUUCAACAGCAUGCUGUGCCAUAUCUGCUACUCCCGCUUCCUUGACUGCUGCUGCCUCGACACCUCACAAGUCACAUCGGAAAUGCCCUACAUUGCCCCUGAGAUGUUGCUGAACGAUGUCGACGUGGACGUCAACCCCGACGCCGACUCCUUCGCCUUCGACAUGUCGCUAUUUGACCGCGACGAAACGGAAGCUUUGGCACCCCUCUACGAAUACGUCCAUGCGACCUACGGACAACCAAUCAACAACGAGUCCAUCCAGUCCAUGGAGGCGAACGAGACAAAAGUCCAGUCAACCACUAUACAAACGCAUAUCGAGGAUACCUACACACCCGGCGAUCGCUUGUCAGCACGCCCAUCCAAGCCUCGCAGGGCAGCACAACGGAGACAAGCACCUCGUGAUGGUGGUUUCGCGUGCAAAGCGGACGGCUGCGACAAGGUUUUCAACCGUCAAUGCGACCUAAACCGUCACCAAAAGACCCACAUGGUUGAGAAGCCUCACGUGUGCUCUACCUGUAGCAAGGGCUUCCUGUAUCCAAAAGAUCUUCAAAGACAUGAACGACAACAUAUUGACCCCUUGUUGGUCCUGAACUUAUACCGUUGUGACCACCCCACCUGCACCAACCUCGAUGGCUUUUCGCGCAAGGACAACCUUCUCCGACACAAGCGCAAUCAACACCAAAUGUCGCCAGUUGCUGCCUAG